AACUUGACGCUCAGCUAAAGGACUGCCUGCACUUAUUGCUUACAGCUUCCAAGUUCGUGACCCUCCUCCUCAUCUCGCCGGUUCGUUCCACCCUUGGAUUGCUUCGCUAUGGCGGCCUUGAAGGAAUUAGUGAACCAGUAUCAGACCUUGAAUGGUCAGUGGAAGAAGAAGGAUCACUCGGGAUGCGCCCAGACCCUGUCCAAGGUCAAAGUAGCUCUCAUGGAGAUUGCCUUUUUACCCACGGACGAACUCCCUAAAUUGAAACAGGAGUUGAUGGUGGCCCGCGAUAUUUUGGAAAUUGGAGCCAAUUAUUCGAUUGCGGCUCAAGAUGUCGAGUCUUUUGAGCGAUAUAUGGCCCAAUUGAAGACUUAUUAUAGUGACUACUCGCACAUUCUACCGGAAUCUCCGUAUCAGUUCGAGCUCUUGGGUUUGAACCUCUUGUGCCUGCUGUCCAAGAACAAGAUCGCCGAUUUCCACACCGAAUUGGAGCAACUACCAUCCGAUACUUUACAGAAUAAUCCCUACAUCCGCAAUCCCGUGCGAUUGGAGCAAUUCAUCAUGGAAGGAAAUUAUAACAAAGUAAUCAUGAUGAAGGACAACGUUCCAGCCGAGUCCUACUCAUUCUUCAUCAACAAAUUAAUGGACACUAUUCGAGAUGAAAUCGCAUCGUGUAUGGAAAAAGCUUACGAACAAAUCUCCUCGAAAGAUUGCACUCAAAUGCUUCAGUUAGACUCGAAAGCUGGGAGCACUUACAUUAAAGAGCGCGGAUGGAAUGUGGGUAAAGAUGGGAUCAUCCGGUUCCUAGAUGCUAACGAGAAGAAGCCUUUAGAAGAGGUUCCGACCGAAGAACUGGCCAAGAUGUCCAUCACCUACGCUAGAGAAAUGGAACAGAUUGUCUAGGAUGUUUAACUUUAUCUUCGUUUCCAACAUCCAUUUUCAAUAAACAUGUGUGACCAGAAA